UAUUUAAGUUAGCGUCGCGACGUUUACGGCGCCGAAAUAUAAAUCGAUAUUCUGCUAACGUUUAUUUAUUUACGGUUUUCGAAAAGAAAUUAUUAUGAAAAGGCAAAACGUACGAACAUUAUCUUUGGUUGUUUGCACUUUUACGUAUUUGCUAAUUGGUGCUGCAGUUUUUGAUGCUUUAGAAUCAGACGAAGAAUUAAGAAGAGAUGUAAUGUUAAAGGAUGCCACAAACGCUUUGAAAAACAAAUACAAUAUUAGCGAAGAUGAUUACCGAAUGAUAGAACUUGUUAUAAUUGAAUACAAACCGCACAAAGCUGGGCCCCAAUGGAAAUUUGCUGGAGCUUUAUAUUUUGCAACAGUUGUACUAGCAGUAAUCGGCUAUGGUCAUUCUACACCAGUGACCGCUGGAGGAAAAGCUUUCUGCAUGGGAUAUGCCAUGGUGGGAAUUCCCCUGGGUUUGGUUAUGUUUCAAAGUAUUGGUGAACGAUUAAAUAAAAUCGCUUCUGUACUCAUCAAACAUUUGAAACGAUUUCUACGUUGCAAAUAUGUAGAAGCAACCGAAAUGAAUUUGAUGUUUGCUGCGGCACUUUUGUCAUCAAUUAUAAUAACAACUGGUGCAGCUGUAUUUUCCAAAUACGAGGGAUGGACUUAUUUCGAUAGCUUUUACUACUGUUUUGUCACUAUGACCACCAUUGGAUUCGGGGAUUAUGUGGCCCUUCAAAAUGACAACGCUCUCCAGAACAAGCCAGGAUACGUCGCUUUAAGUUUAGUGUUUAUCCUCUUUGGAUUGGCGGUUGUGGCCGCUAGCAUUAAUUUACUAGUGCUUCGAUUUAUGACAAUGAACGCAACCGAAGAUAUACGUCGAGACGAAACGGAGCUACAGUCUUCCUCUCACCAACUUUUGACUCUUGAUGGAGAAAUGAUGAAUGUCAAUGGUAAAGUCUUAGCUGGUCAAGCUUUGAUGGGUGAUUAUGAUGUUGACCAAAUGUCUGUAUGUUCUUGUAACUGUUUAGGCUUAAACCAUGCCGAUAAUCAAGAACUGCUUCUUGAUAUGAGUUACCAUCCUUCACAUACCAUUCUCGCAUCUAAUACAAAAGUAAAAAGAGCGUCUGUGUGACAUUCAUUUAGCAGUUUUAGUACUGAAAUAGACUGAAGCAAGUGACGAAAAAAGGUAUGACUGUUUUGAAGUGUGAAGAGGCGUUAUUUUGACCUAGUCAUGGAUGUAUAAAAAAAUAUACUUAUUACAUGCUAGACGUGGACAAAUUCUAAUUGUCGUUGUUUAUUAUUUGUCGCAAAUGUGCCAAAAGUGUAGCAGCAGUCCCAUUAGAUUUCGUAAUAGUUUAGUAUUUUUCAAAAAAUAAGAGCAUGGUAUGCUAAAUCUACUUCUUUAGGGGCCGUUUAAGUAAUACUCUCCCCCUUUAUAGAGCUUCGUUAUUAUUUGCUUCACCCCCUCUCUCAAAGAUACGUAACACCCUUGUGACCAUUUUUACCAAAAAUUUUAGCGUAAUGUUAAGUAACAACAUAUAAUGUAAUGUUUUACAAGACCCCCUCCUCUCUUAACCUUGUUAGGUAAUACUUGUAC